GGUCUGCCCAUCUCCGUGGUGGUGAACUGCACCGGUCUGAAGAUGCCUGGGCACUUGCAGGAGAUCGAGCUCUUCAACACCUCCGGCCAUGCCCUCCUCUCGCUGCCUGCACGGCCCCUCUCCAACUCCUCCUCGGGGCAGCUCUGGGUGGGCUCACCACUCCGUGUCCCCCCAGGUGACUUUCUGCUGAAGGUGAAGGGUGAAGAUGCCCAGGGCCACCCCCUGCACCGCCUCUCCGGGGUCACCUACACCAGUGUGGUCCCUGGUCUACCUAAAGUGAACAUCUCCAGCAAGAUCCAGGCUUACAACCGUGAGCCACAGCUGAUCUCCUGCUCUGCACGGAGUGAGGUGCCUUUCUGCCUGCAGCUCAGCCGUGGUAGGGGGAAGCUCGGGGAAGAGCAGCUCUUCAGGAAUUCAGGGAACAUCAGCUGGUUGAUCCCUGUUGUGUCCAAGAGUGAUGAAGGGUUUUAUGAGUGCACAGCCACAAGCAAGGUUGGGGUGACUCGGGCUCGCGCCUACGUCUCUGUCUCAGAACCACCACCACGUCUCAUAGCCCCGGACAACAUCACGGCUUCACCAGGCCAAGAUGUGGUCAUGUCCUGCCUGGUUCUGGGCGACGUGCCCUACAACCUGACAUGGAGCUGGGAUGGGAAGGUGACACAGCCGGGGGAUGGCCGGACCAGGCUGCUGCAGAACGGCUCGAUGGAGAUCAGCCACGUGCAGCCAGAGGACGGGGGCCUCUAUGAGUGUGUGGCACGCAGCGCCCAUGGCACUGCCACCGCUUCCAUCUGGCUCUUCAUCCAUGAGGUGCCGUGGGUGCAGGUGGACGCCAGCCCCCAGCGUUUUGGCAGGGGCCAGGAGCUGCGGCUGAACUGCACGGCCGGGGGCCACCCCCUGCCCCACACCACCUGGAAGCGCUGGGGCUGGGCACUGACGCAGGAUGAGAGGGUUUUCACGGAUGCUCAGGGUACCCUCCACAUCAGGGCUGCCAUCCCAGAAGAUGCAGGGAACUACAGCUGCUUUGCCAGCAGCAUGCUGGGCUGGGACGAGCAGGUCGUCACCCUGGAGUUCACCGACCCUCCCGCUAUCCUGGCAGUGACACCCAGUCUAAAGGUGCUGGUGGGAGAAGACGUGACCCUGGAGUGCUGGGUUUCGGGAGUGCCCCCACCCUACAUCACGUGGUACAAAGCUGCCCCUCACUUUCCUGAGCCCCUGGGGGACCUGGAGGUCGAGAUCGGGGAGAGCGUGAGCCUGCUGUGCCACGUCGAGGGCUCUCCCCCACCACGGGUCACCUGGUCCAGGCGGGAUGGGAAGCCCGUGACAGGCUGGCAUGGAUCUCCUGGUGUUUCCAGCCAGCUGGAGCCUGCCAAGCUCCUCAUCAAGAGUGCCUCGCUGGAUGACCAAGCCAUCUACAUCUGUGAAGCCCAGAACGAGUUUGGGAAAAUCCAAGCAGAGGUCAAGCUCACGGUCACCAGACACGCCCCAGAAAUAGCUCUUGCAUCCCCCGUGGUCCGUGUGCUCCCAGGCCAGCCCGUGUCACUGCCCUGUGUGAUCCUGGCCGGGAGGCCGUUCCCAGCCCGUCGCUGGCUCUCUGCCCAUGCCCAGGUAGCCCCAAGUGGUCAUUACUCCAUCCAGGCUGAUGGCAGCCUGCACGUGGACCAGGUGUCGCAGGGGGAUGCGGGGACAUACACCUGUGAGGUGACCAAUGCUCUUGGCUCACACAGGAUGAGAUGCUUCUCCUCCUUUCCAGUUCCUCCCAGUAUUGAGCUUGGCCCUGUCCUCGUCACUGCCACUGAAGGAGCGGUUGUCACUCUGCGGUGCAAUGCCACUGGUGUGCCCCCCCCCACUGUCACCUGGGCAAAGGGCACAGAGCCCAUUUCACAGAGCCCACGCUACCACCUUCACGCUGAUGGGACCCUCCUGAUCCCUUCAUCCUCCCCUGGGGAUGCUGGGACCUACUUCUGCACAGCUACCAACACAGCAGGCUCCUCCAGCCGGGAGGUGCAGCUCUCCAUCAGCACAAAGCCCAGGAUCAGUGUGAACGGAUCAGAGGUGUCGGGCCCCAUAACAGUCCUGGCUGUGCUUGGGCAGGAGAUCACCCUGCCCUGCAAGGUUCAAGGUUAUCCUCGUCCCUUGGUGGUGUGGACCCAGGAGUCCCAACCGCUGCCUCUCGCUGCGGCGAGACACAGUGUCCUCCCUUCGGGGUCCCUCCGGCUGGCCAAGCCCCAGCUGACGGACACCGGCCUCUAUACCUGCACGGCCCCGAAUGCCGCAGGGAACAUCUCACUCAGCUACAACCUGCAUGUCCAAGCUCCCCCCCAGCUGCUGAUCGGGGAUGGGGAAAGCCUCCUGACAGCUGUUGCCAACAACUCCCUGAGGAUCCGCUGUCGUGCCAUGGGUGUCCCUGCACCCCGGAUCCAGUGGCUGAAGGAUGGGCAUCCCCUGGGUGAGCAGGAUGGUGUGGUGGUGUCUGAGGAUGCUGGGACUCUGCUGAUCACCCGUGUGGGGCUUGGUCAUGAAGGGCUCUACGUCUGCCAGGGCAGCAACUGGGCAGGGGUGGCCCAGGCAGAGGUGCAGGUUUCUGUGCAAGUGCCUCCCAACAUUGAACCCAGCGUGGUGGACCUGACUGUCCUGGAGAACGGCACAGUGUCCCUGGAGUGUCUAGCCUCAGGGCUGCCUGCUCCUGACAUCGCCUGGUACAAGGGGCAUGAGCAGCUCUUGGCCAGACCAGGACGGGCCCUGUCCAGGGAUGGGAAGUGCCUGGAGAUCCAGCGUGCCCAGCUCUCCGACGCUGGCAGAUACCGCUGCGUGGCCUCCAACGUGGCUGGUGUCACCGAGCUCUGGUACAGCCUUCAGGUGACUGUGCCUCCAUCCUUCUCCUCGACAGAGCCCACCACCGUGUCCGUGCUGGAGGGACAGUCCGUCAGGCUGGCCUGCGAGUGCCACGGGAUGCCCUUGCCCACCCUGAGCUGGUGGAAGGAUGGUGAGCCCCUCUCUGGCCAGCCCGGGAGCCCAAAGCUGGUGUCCACAGGAGGGAGCAUGCUGUACAUCGAGAAGGUACAGCUGGAGCAUCGUCUGGAGGUGCACGUGCUGCCCAGGAUCCAUGGCAGCAGCAAAGCCCCGAGGAAGGUUUCUGUCAUCAAGGCUGGUGAGACAGUUUUGGAGUGUGAUGCCAUGGGGACACCGCCACCCACAGUGACAUGGGUGAAGGAUGGGCAGCCCGUGGCUGACGGGGACGAGUUCCUGCUUACGGAGCAGGGGAGGAAGUUGCACAUCCCUAAGGCGGAGGUGGCCCAUGCAGGACGCUACGCUUGCCUGGUGGAAAACACGUCAGGGCAGGAGCGGAAAGAGUUUGACGUUGCAGUGCAUGUUCCUCCUGAGUUCAUUCAGGGAUCCGGAUCAACAACCAACAUCAGCGUGUCUCUGCAUGAAGCCCUGACACUGACCUGCGAGGCCACUGGUGUCCCUGUGCCCACAGUCACCUGGACCUGGGCCGGCUCUCCCGUCACCCCCAGCGAGCAUACACACGUGCUCUCAGGGGGCUGGCUGCUGAGGCUCAGCCGUGCCCAAACCCAGGAUGGUGGCCCCUAUUCCUGCCUGGCCAGCAACAUAGCUGGGGAGGCCAGGAGGCAUUUCUACGUGGAGAUCCUAGUUCCUCCCCACAUUGAGAAUGUGGAUGAAGAAGAGACCAUCAAAGUGUCUGAGGGCCACCCUGUCACCUGGUCCUGCCUGGCUGCAGGCAAUCCCCAGCCUAAGAUCACCUGGCUGAAAGAUGGCCACCCUCUGCCCAGCAGAGACACGUUCUCCUUCUCCCCUGAUGGCUCCAUGCUCCACAUCCCUCAAGCCUCCCUGUCUGAUGCUGGCCGCUAUUCCUGCAUGGCCUCCAACUCUGUGGCGAAUCAAACCAAGCACUACCUGCUAGAUGUUUUAGCUAGUCCCAUGUUUGGAGAUGCCCAUGAUGCCACCGCAGAAGAAGUCACGGUGAUCAUCAAUAACCCCAUCUCCCUGGUCUGCGAGGCUCUGACAUACCCAUCUCCCAACAUCACCUGGCUCAAGGAUGAGGUUCCUCUCAAAGCAUCUAGAAACAUCCACCUGUUCCCUGGUGGCCACGGGUUGCAGAUCCUGAAUGCCCAGGAAGAGGACACAGGCACAUACAGCUGCGUCGUGGCCAACGAAGCUGGGGAGGCUGUGAAGAACUAUGCUGUGAAGGUCCUAGUUCCUCCUUGGAUUGCCAGAGAUGACCCUUUGGGGGAGUUUGCCCUGAAAGAGGUAAAAGCCAGGGUCAACAGCACAGUGACACUGGAGUGUGAGACCUGGGCUGUGCCUGAGCCGACCAUCCAGUGGUACAAGGACAAGCAGCUCCUGGAAAGCACUGGCCACCUCCAGAUCCUCAGUGAGGGGCAGGUCCUUCAGAUCAAACCAGCUGGUGUCUCGGAUUCAGGGCACUACACCUGCGUGGCCACCAAUGCUGUGGGUGAAGAUGAGAGGGACUUCAUUGUGCAUGUCCAAGUGCCACCCCUCUUCCAGCAGCAGUUGAGCCCCAAUGAAGCCCUUGAGAUCUUCUACCAGGAGGAAGACCAGGAUGGGGAGGUGACGGAGCAUCGGCAGGCUGUCCUCAACCAGCCCACUGCGCUCUACUGUGACACCAGUGCCAUCCCACCCCCACAGCUCACCUGGUACAAGGACGGGGAGCCCCUGGCCCCUGGCCUGGGGGUGCUGCUGCUGCUAGGGGGCCGGGUGCUGCAGCUGCCGGCGGUGCGGGAGGAGGACGCGGGCAGGUACACCUGUGAGGCGGCCAAUGCGGCAGGACGCGACCGGCUGCACUAUGAGCUGGAGGUGCUGAUCGCCCCAGCAAUCCGUGGUGACACAGAGGACCUGGCUGAGGAGGUGACAGCCACCAUCAAUGGCACUGUCCGCUUCAAGUGUGAAGCCACUGGGCACCCGGUGCCUGUGGUGUCCUGGCUCUGGAACGAUGUCCCCAUUGUGGUUGGCCCACGGCACCAGCUCCUGGAGGAUGGGACAGUCCUGCAGGUCAGUGUCCCCCUGGGCAGGGUGGCUGUCGGGGGAAGACAUGGGAGACACCAGGUGGCCUCGGUGGAGGUGGGUGACACUGGCAGUUACACGUGUGUGGCUGAGAACUCGGCUGGGUCAGCCGAGAAGCACUUUGUCCUCACCGUGCAGGAACCCCCCCGUGUUGAGGAUGCAUCCCAUCCCACCGAGAUGUCCAUCGCCGUGGGCACCCCACUAGAGCUGGUGUGUGUGGUGACGGGUGUCCCUGCACCCACUGUAACCUGGGAGAAGGAUGGACGGCUGCUGGCAGGGCCCUGGCUUGUGUCUGGGAACAAGAGCACCCUCCACAUUGAGAGUACAAAGGUGGCUGACACUGGCUUGUAUCCCUGCCUGGCCACUAGCCCUGCUGGGGAGGACAGCAGGAGCUUCCACGUCAGCAUCCAAGCACCUCUCAGCAUUGCGAGCCUUGGAGAGACCCACAGCAUCACUGCUGUGGCAGGGGGACAGCUCAUCCUGGAGUGCCCCGAGGACACCGUGCCACCCCCUGACAUCGAGUGGCACUGGGAGGGCUCUCCACUGUGGGAGGAUGCCCGCAGGCAGGUCCUGGCCGAGGGACGUUUCCUGCAGAUCCGGGAUGUGGGGGCAGUGGAUGGUGGGGAGUACAGCUGCAGGACCACCAACGCACUGGGAGACACCAGCCUGCGGGUCCAGGUGGAGGUUCACGUGGCCCCAGAGAUCCAGCCGGGCCCCGAGGAGGUGAGGGUGCUGCUGAACAGCUCAGCAGUGCUGCCAUGCCGGGCAGACGGGUGGCCUGUGCCCCAGGUGACGUGGCGGAAGGACGGCCAGCUCCUGUCCCUUCAUGGGAGCAACAGGCUGCAGCUCUUGCCAGAUGGUUCCCUGCAAAUCAACCCAGUUCAGGUCCAGGAUUCGGGCUACUACCUCUGCAUGGCAUCCAGCCCCGCUGGCUCCGACCACCAAGGCAUGGACCUCCAUGUCCUGAUCCCUCCCACCAUUGCCCCCUCGCCCUCCAACCUCACCCUGAUGGCUCAGCAGCCGGCCACGCUGGGCUGCGACACCUGGGGAUCCCCUGAGCCCCACGUCCGGUGGGAGAAGGACGGCCGCCCCCUGAACCCACACCUCCUGCCUGGUGCCUACAGCGUGCAGUCCCUGGGGUCACUGCUCAUCUCCAGCCCUGCUCCCAUGGAUGAGGGGCAGUUUGAGUGCAUCGCCACCAAUGCCGCUGGAGAGGCACGCAAGGUCUUCCUUGUGUCUGUCCACGUGCCCCCCACUAUCGCCGAUGACCUUACGGACAUGAUUGUCACCCGGCUGUCCCCUGCGGUCCUCACCUGCUACGCCUCCGGCGUGCCCCCACCCACGGUGUCAUGGAGCAAGGAGGGGGUUCAGCUGGGCAGCCGAGGAGGGGGCUACCGCAUCCUGCCCACAGGGGCCCUGGAGAUCAAGCAGGUCCUGCCCCCACAUGCUGGUCGCUACACCUGCACGGCGAGGAGCGCUGCUGGCACAGCCCAAAAACAUCUCCAGCUCGCGGUGCAUGAGCCCCCCACCCUGAAGUCCCUGCCUGGCAUGGUGAUGGUGAUGGUCAACACCAGUGCGGUGCUGUCCUGCGAGGCAACUGGGGUCCCCCGGCCAGAGCUCACCUGGCAGAAGGAUGGUGUUGGCAUUGCUGGAGGGCCUGGGCUGAAGGUGCUCCCCAACGGGCAGCUGCAUCUCCUCCGGGUCUCUCCUGGGGACACGGGCACCUACCUGUGCCUGGCUCGCAACCCCUCCGGCACCGCUGCGGGGAGGACCAAGCUGAUCGUGCAAGUGCCCCCUGUGAUCAUGGCUGGCCCAACAGAACUGGCUGUCCUGGAGGGGCUGGAGGUGCUGCUGCCCUGUGUCACCCAUGGUGUCCCCGAGCCUCGUGUGUCCUGGAGCCGGGAGGGAGACCCAGUGCAGGGUGGCGGGGGGAAGGCCACCAUCCUGCCUUCUGGGGAGCUGCUGCUCCAGGAUGUCCAGGAAGGGGAUGCCGGGAGCUAUUCCUGCAUCGCUGUGAACUCGGCCGGGAGGGCUGUCCGCCAGCUCUUCCUCUCCGUCCACACCCUGCCCACCUUCACCCGCCUGCCCGCAGACAUCACCCUGAGCCGGGGCGAGAGGCUGGAGCUGGUGUGUGCCGCUGUGGGCAGCCCCCAGCCCCGCGUCACCUGGACGGCCAACGGGCAGCUCGUCACUGAUGGUGUGUCAGGGCAGAGCGGCUGGGGCACCCUGCGACGGGAGGCAGCCACCCGAGCCGACAGCGGGGCCUAUAUAUGUUUGUCUCCGUCAGAGGUAGGUGCGGGCAGGGAAACUGGGAUCCCUGGCCAGCCCCCCUCCUCUGCCACUCCUCUCCCUUCCCCAGAGGCACCCAUCAUACAGGGGGACCCCAGCACCUACCAGGUGGAGCACCCUGGGGGUGAUGCCCUCCUUGACUGCGACGCCCGGGGCCAUCCCGCGCCCCUCGUCUCCUGGAGCAAGGACGGGGUGCCCGUGGUGGCUGGUGGGCGUCUGCGCCAGCUGCAGAAUGGCUCCUUGGCCAUCCAUGGUGUGGGGAGCACCGACACGGGGCGUUACCGCUGCACAGCAGAGAAUGAUGUGGGCACAGUAGCAAAGGUUGUCACCCUGGUCCUGCAGAGUGCCCCUGUGGUGGCAGUGACACCGCGAGUGCUGGCAGUGCACGCCGGGCAGUGGGUGCUGCUGCACUGCACCGUGUCUGGGGAGCCCACCCCCUCUGUGGAGUGGCAGCGGGAUGGGGAGCCGCUGCCUGAGGGUCCCCGUGCCCAUGUCCUGCCCAAUGCCACCCUGGUCCUGCCUGCUGUCACCCACCAUGAUGCCGGCAACUACUCCUGCCUCGCUCGCAAUGCCCUGGGGUCCGCUGUCGCCCACGCCUCCCUGGCUGUCCAAGGGGAGCCACGCCGGGUCCGGGGCAGCCUGGUCGGUGUCCUCAACGCCCAGGAGCUCGGUGUCACCAGCCUUGAUGCCAGUCUGAUGCGGGUGCUGGUUGCCAUCAUCUCCCCCAUUUACUGGUCCUUGGCACACACUGGUGCAACGGCCCGGAGUGGGUUCCUGCUCACUCAGGGCACCUUCCAACACGAGUCCCAGCUGGAGUUUGUCACAGGGGAGAUGCUGCGGGUCACCCACCUCGCCCGGGGUGUGGAUGCCACCGGGGCUCUGCUGCUGGACAGUGUGAUCAGUGGCUCCAUGCCGGAGAAUAUCGACAAGGCUGCGGUGCUGCUGCAGGACUUCAGCGAGCGCUACGUGCAGACGGGUGCAGGGCAGCUCUCGGGGAGCUCGGUGCAGAUCUUCCUGCAGGAUGGGCACAUCAUCCGUGCUCGCUGCAAUCACACCAUCACCUAUGACCCCACUGUGGGCCCACAGCCCCCCCGGGUGCAGCAUGUCCGGGCCAGCGCUGUCAAAGCCUCCUACAACCCGACCUCGGAGGAGCUCCGCUUCCAGCUCCGUGCCUCACUUGAUGCAGGGCCUGACAGAGACCAGUGCCCACCAGGAUUCAUCCUGGGCCCUCAGCAGCUCUACUGCAUUGAUGUCGAUGAAUGUGCUGAGGGGUCCCAUGGCUGUCGCUACAACCAGCUGUGCCAGAACACUGCGGGGACCUACCACUGCGCCUGCCCUCUCGGCCACCGCGCGCUGGGUGCUGGCUGGCCGUGCUUGGAUAUAAACGAGUGCCUGCAAUCUCCUCCGCCAUGCGCCUUCGAGUGCCACAACCUGCGGGGCUCCUAUGAGUGCCUUUGCCCCCCUGGCAGGACCCCGCUGCCGGGUGGCAAAUGCAGCAAAGCAGGGCUGGAUGGAGGGGGCAGGACAGGCAGCACCCCCCGGGACUCCCCCCUACGCUGGCUGGGGCCGAGCAGCCCACGGGGGCGAUCCUUCUAUACCCAGCUCGCCCUCCGCCGCGUGGCAAAGGCUGCGGGGCCGAGUGCCAAGGGUGCCCCCUGCCCCAUGGGCUUCAUCAAGAGGAAUGGCACCUGCACUGACCUUGAUGAGUGCCAGAUGCUGACCCAGUGCCAGCAUGAGUGCAGGAACAGCCUGGGCAGCUACCGCUGCAUCUGCCCCCCUGGAUACCGGCUGCUGCCCAACGGGAAGACCUGCCAUGAUGUGGAUGAGUGUGAGGAGGGCAUGAUCCAGUGCGACUCGAGCCAGAUGUGCUUCAACACCCGCGGAGGUGCCCAGUGUGCGGAUGUGCUGUGCCCGGCUGGGUACCGGAGAGGCUCCAGCCCUGGGGUGUGUGUCGGUCGCUGCACCCCAGACUGUGGCUCCACCCCCCCGCUGCGGUACCAGCUGCUCACCCUGCCCCUGGGCAUCGCUGCUGGCCGUGAUGUGGUGCACCUUACCCCGGGUGCUGCUCUCCCCCACCACCCCAUCUUCACGCUGCUGGAGCAGGCGCCCAACAGCCCCUUUGCCCUCCGCACCGAGCAGGGCCGCGGCAUCGUCUCCACUCUGCGCCCGCUGCGGAACCCUGGCACCCACCGCCUCAAGGUGCAGGUGCUGGCCCCGGGUGGGCAACGGGCACCCAGAACCUUCCUUCUCCUCAUCUCUGUCUCGCCCUACCCCUACUGA